GCCAUUUGGAAUUCGCUUCCUCGCAUCGAAUCAUUCCACGAAAUGUAAUUGUUUUGUGGAUGCAGGUAACAACAACAAAGAGCGGACAACAAGGAACGACAACCACAACUGCAACCACACACGUGCACCACCACGCUCAACAACAACAGCAACUCUCACCUCCAACGAUGACGGAGCUGCCGUCUGUUGCGCAGGUGAUGCGGGCCGUGACGCAGGAAGGGCUGUCCAUUUACAAUCGCCUGCGAAGCAUUGAUGCCGACGUGGAAUUUGUGGACCGCAUCGCGGGCCUCUACAGUGACUUACCGAUUGUCGCCAACCUGAGAUGUGGUGGCUGGUACUUUCCCGAAUUUGACGGUGAAGUCCACUUCAAGAGCGCCGAUGGCCAUCGCGGUCAAUGGCAGGUGUCCCUCAAGCGCUUGAAUCUCCACCUCCUACCCCUCCUUGCUGAGAAAGGCGGGUGUGUGCUGGUCGAUUCGACUCGGAAGGCGCGCACGUUACCUGACAGUUUCAGCCGCACGGUGCCCAUGUGGUGUGCUGUCAUGAACCGCCUGCACGACAUCCUCUACGGUGAUUGUCGCGGCGAUGCGGAUGAUAGCGUGGAUCACGGCAAGGUGGGUGCGCCGGAUUGGGAUACACAACUGCACUGUCCGCCGACCACAGUGCCCCAACAGGAACUGUGUCAAAUGCAGGACCUCCUCGACGCACGCGUGCAUGCGGUGCUGGAGAGCGGGGUGGACCUGUCUCUGCUCAAAAACCUGAGGAAACCGCUCCGAGCGACGUGGGUCACGACAGAGACAGCCAGGGCGCACGAAGCAGCCAGUCGCAGCGAUGGUGACACCAGCACGCUGGAACUCGAACAUGUGGACCGCACAAAGUACACCGCGAUUGUGUGCUUGUGCGCAUCAGAACCGGUUGACAUUGAACAGCGGCGCGGGUACGUGUAUGUGCAGGGUGCCGCCGACGACGAGGAGACAUGGAGCAUGGGGCUGACACCUCGCCUCUUCUGGCAGCACAAGACAGACCUGCUUGAUGGCGAUUCAGACACGUGCGGUGACCGCGUGCGGGCGCUGGUGUCGCAGCAGAUGUGCUCGGGGGUUGAGGCAAUGACGCCCGACGUGCUGGCAGACCGCGACCUCAUCCUCGCACACGCAACAACACAUCAGAUUGGCACCACGAACCUGUUCAUUGGCAAUCGGUUUGCUGCCGCCCAUCCCUGGUGCCUCGAGAUAUUUGAUGCUGUCGUCGUCUGCUUGCUUCCAUCCGAGCUGCCACACCAGCCCCAGCACCGCUCCAUCCUGCCUGUUCGCAUGCCUGCAGGCAAAAGGCACAAGAAGGAGCUGGAGGACCACUUGGAGCAAGUGCUGCUCUUCGUGCGGCACCACCUUGCACAGGACCACCGCAUCCUCGUUGCCAGCGGCGACAGCAACGACCGAGCGCCCACAGUUGCCACGGCCGUGCUGGCUGCGUUCUUCACACCGGAUCUCAGUGUCAACUGGAUUGGCGGUGCACCACCAGACAUUCACCAACCGCAGCUCACAAAGCAGGACUUUACCCGCGCCCUCCACUGCAUUCGGCAGCGCGUGCCGUCCGCGUGUCCCUCGCGACACAACAUGCGCAAGUUGACGUCGUUCUUCCUGAGCCAUCCCCGCCCUGCAUCGCAUAUCUGGGCCGGACCAACAACACGACAAACGAGCAGCGACCAACACGACGGUAACGACAGCAACGGUGAUGGCAACGAGGCAGCAUGAGCAUGACCUGUGGACGAUAUGAUGUAUCGUCGUU